ACUCCUAUUUACAUCAUCAUCUUCUUCAUCUUCUUCUCACUAUUUUCUCUCUCCUCCAAAAUUUCCACUGUGCUGCUUCCUUCCUUCCUUCAUUUUUCAUGGCCUUUUUUUCUUCAAUUUUCUCACAAUCUGAUGAUAUUAUCAUUUGAUUCAUACUUCAAUUUCGUUUGAUUUUUAUCUGAAAAUAAUAAAGAUAAUUUGUAAUUGAAGCAGAAAAAAAUUGGAGAAAAUUCGAGGAAUAUUAAAGGAGAAAAUUUGGAGGGAACGAAAAUCGAUAAUGGGGGCAGCUGGUUCCAAGUUGGAGAAAGCCCUCGGUGAUCAUUUCCCUGAAGGUGAAAGAUAUUUUGGCCUUGAGAAUUUCGGCAACACUUGCUACUGCAACAGCGUUUUGCAGGCUCUCUAUUUCUGUGUUCCAUUUCGUGAGAAAUUACUGGAGUACUAUGAGAAGAACAAAAACCCUGUUGAUCCUGAGGAAAAUUUGCUCACAUGUUUGGCAGAUUUAUUCACACAGAUAAGCUCCCAGAAGAAGAAAACAGGUGUAAUUGCUCCCAAACGCUUUGUACAAAGAGUAAGGAAAGAAAAUGAACUUUUCCGUGGGUACAUGCACCAGGAUGCUCAUGAAUUUCUGAACUUUUUGUUAAAUGAACUUGUGGAUAUACUGGAGAAAGAAUCUUCUGCUACAAAGGAUAGCUCAGAAAAUUCAUCGUCUGAAAAGGUUGCAAAUGGACCAAGAAAUGGCCUAGCCAAUGGUGUACAGAAGGAACCUCUUGUUACCUGGGUUCAUAAAAAUUUUCAGGGUAUAUUGACAAAUGAAACGAAAUGCCUGAGGUGUGAGACUGUCACAGCUAGAGAUGAGACAUUCUUUGAUCUAAGCCUUGAUAUAGAACAGAACAGCUCCAUUACUAGUUGCCUUAAGAACUUCAGCUCCACCGAAACUCUUAACGCUGAGGAUAAAUUUUUCUGUGACAAAUGCUGUAGUCUGCAAGAAGCUCAGAAGAGAAUGAAGAUUAAAAAGCCACCUCACAUUCUCGUGAUUCACCUGAAGCGCUUCAAAUACAUUGAGAAUCUUGGUAGGUACAAGAAGCUCUCUUAUCGUGUUGUGUUUCCAUUGGAGCUCAAAUUAACCAACACAAUGGAGGACGCAGACUCAGAGUACUCCUUAUUUGCUGUGGUUGUACAUGUGGGGACUGGGCCAAACCAUGGUCACUAUGUCAGCCUUGUGAAAAGCCACAACCAUUGGUUAUUUUUCGAUGAUGAGAAUGUUGAUAUAAUUGAUGAGUCUGCCGUUCAGACUUUCUUUGGAUCAGCUCAAGAGUAUUCUAGCAACUCAGAGCACGGAUAUAUCUUGUUCUAUGAAAGGCUUACGAGUGAAACAAGUUAACCAAAAUUUUUGAUUUCCGACUUCUGGUCUCUACUCCUGUCAUGUGUAAUGUGUGAAAAUGAGCUCCAAAACCUCAGAAUGUUCUAUUGUACAGAGGAUGAAUUAGCGUUUUUUCUUAUACAUUCUCUCUGGUUUCCUAAGGGAACGACAAUAAAUUGAUUGUAAAUGACAGUUUGGAGAAAGACGUUAACUAACGCAUGAGCUGCCGAUAACUGCAAAUCGGAUUAUACACUUCAGCUCAUGAUCUUUGGACUUGCUCUGCCUUUUGACCAGCUGGGCUAUAUCAAUAUUCAUUAGCUGGGCUAUAUCAAUAUUCAUUAGCUUAUUAAUCCUUUAAAGUCCAAUUUUUUUUUGC